AGGGGACUGAGCAUUGGAGGAUUGGCCAUGUCAUACCACAUCAUCAUACCACAACUUGCACCAUAUAGCUCUGUUGCCACGGCAAUCAAACAGACCAUUUCCUCAUGUCAACUUCGAGUGGGAGGCUUGUGGUUAGAGCAGGGUGCGAUGAUGAGUGGCGCCGUAGAAGAGGAAAUCGCGGAUAAAGGGGAAGAGGCAGUGAGAUGAGAAAGCUGGACAAUUAGACAUGAUGAGAGGGACUCUGAUUUCCCUUGCCCUGUGCCUUCCAUUCCACCAUUGUGGCUUCACCGAGCGCCACAGAAACCACAACAACAGUUCUAGACCUUAGUAUCAGCACUCCAACGUCAGACCCCCUGAUGCUUCCACUCUCCACAACUGAAAACCACCCUGGUAGGACUAGCGGCACGUUCAAAACACAAUUGAAGAAAAGCACUAGCUUAGCAGCUGUCAACAACUCAGGCAGAACGACUCAAGGAAGAGGCAUUCUCAGAACAGGAACUGCCACUUACGCCACCACAGCCGUACAGAAGAGCAACAGGCACACAACUGCAGGAGACUUGAGGAAGGAAACAGAGAGCCACAAUCACCAUGAGACUCUUCCCUUCAGCAGACACACAGCCUCACCCACAACUGACCACCCCAGCACCACCACUCUCCCCAAGCAGGAAGGGACUGAGUAUCAUGACAGCAGCAACACUGAAAUAGCCAGAGAAACUGAACACACCAAAUUUCAUAGAGACAUGGGCUGCUGACACCAGUAAUGACUCCAGGCUAGCGAAGCCACACUUAAACAGGUCACAAGCAGCAGACCAGCACACUGCUACACAAGGACUAGAGACUGCUUCAGGAGAUUACUACACAACAAAGAGAGACUUCUUCACAAUCACCCCAACUAGUAGAGUGACAGGUUUGAACAGAGGUCUCGUGACUUUUUUGGUUCACCAUUGCUGCAAUCUCUUACGCUGCACCUGAAAUAGACAGCUGAUAUACAGAAAAGUAGAGUGAAGUGCAGGGGAGGAGAAAACGGAAGAGCGAGAGAGGAAGAGAAGGCUUGUGUCUUUCCGGCCUAUUUGCACACAAGUACACCCUAGUUAACCACAAGCCCAGCAACCAGGAGAGACAGCAAGAGAACAAAAGUUUGACUACGUAAAUGCACUUCUAAUGCUUAACACUCAGUCAAACCUUAGAUUUUUAACAAGAGCAAGGCCUGAAAGAAAGGGAAAAUCUGAGAGCAGUGAAGAUCAAAGCCCGACACUUAAUCCUAGUCAAACCAAGAACCCCGGUAGCUGAUGACGGAUACUGCUUUUCUUUUCUAGAAUGUGCAUUUUUCUGCUCUAGACUUGUAAAACAAACCUCCAAUACCUUUCAAGCCACAAGGCUGUCGCUGACGCACCUCAGAGAGAGGAAGACAAACGUAAUCUGAGAGAGGUCAGCAAAACCCUUUAGUGACGGUUGACCUCCGUGACCCCUCUCAGUUCUUGCCCAGUAUGGAGUGGGUACGACUGAUGCUCGGGGCUCUACUCCUCUCCCUCUCUCUACGCAGUCUCCCUGCCCAAGAUAAUGUCCCCAUACCUGAAAAUGUCAGCAUGGCAGCACCAACUACUGAGGACGGCACGAUGGCAGCCUCUUCACCUGAGGCCACCACCAAGACAACGACUGCUCCUGUGAUUGUCACUACAGCACAGCCUGUCACUGAAAUCACCCCGGUAACUUCUGUUCCAGUAUUUACCAUAGAUGCCAUCACUAUAGUAAUAACAGACCCUGAGAUCACAACCAUUCAGGAGCCCACCUCUGAUGCACCAACUACUACUUCAGAGGCUGAGACGAUGACACCAUCCCCUGUGAUCACUGAAGGGCCUGUAGAUACGACCACUCCACCUGGUCCUAAACCCAUCCUCUCCCAAGACGUCCUGACUACCACCUCUUAUCUCCCAACCACAUCCCAGGACCACCUGACUUCUGUUAUCCCAGUCUGGCCCCUCCACACCACCCCUCGUCUGACCAAGGACUCCUUUCCUACACUUGAACCUAUCCACACUGCCUCAGAGAGUACUGACAGCCACACAGAGGGACUUACCCCUGCACCCACCUCCCCAUCAGUCAACAGCACUCCCAGCCAUUUCACAACCCCUGCUACGACCCACACCUCCACAGAUCCAGACUCUACGGCGGGCAGGGUCGAGCGAAGUCCGCUCAGCUUGUUCUGGGUCAUCAUCGUCGGUCUCCUGGUCUGGGUUAUAUGCCUGGGAAUGGUCUACUGCAUAUAUCUGGGCGUCAGACGAAAGAGGCAGUGCCGCACCGAGUACUUUGGGUCCAGCGUCCGGAACGGGAAGAGUUCCAAGCGGAAGAAAGGAGCAGAGGACGAUGCCUGGGCGGGGCCAGUGAAGCUAGGGGGUGGGGACAGGGAGGAGGGUGAGGGCGGGGAGGAGGGAGGGAGCCCAGAGGAUAACAAGAGAGAGGGGGCUGGAACAGAUGUGGUGCUAAGCACAUUCAUAGCCAACGAGACUGAGGGAGAGAGGGGUGGGCCUGAUGGGGCAGUUGGAGUGGCUGGGAGCAAGGAGGCGGAGAAAUGGGAGGAGAAGGAGCCUCUGUUGUACAUUGAUGAGGGAGUGGAGGAGGGGCUGGAGAAAAUGACUCCUCCUUCCCUUUCAAAAUCUAACUCUGAGAAAAAGGUAGGAGGGGGCAACAGAGAGGGGGAAAGUGAAAAAGAGAUGGAGAGGGGAGAAGGGAAUGGAAAGAAAGAAAAUGAGAGUGAAAGAGGUGAGCAGAAUGGAGGAGCAUCAUUCUGUCUAACCACUGCCGUUUAAAAAAAAAGUUUUUCCAUAAAAAAAGUUUUUCUAUGUGAUAAUUGUAAAGGUUUCUAAUAUUUUUGUACUACUGAAAAGGCCUUUAACAUUGUAUUGAUCUGUGAUUGUGUGCUCUAUCAAAAUAACUAAUGGUUGUGUGUAUAGCCAUAAGUUUUACCAGUUGUAUUUUGUAUGGUGUUUUUUCUUAACUGUUUGCAGUUUAAUAAAGUUUUAGGAUGUGGA